AUGGACGGCGUUCAGCUGCGGGACGAGGCCGCGAGGGAUCGCGAGCGUGCCGCCACCGAAUUUCUCGAUCCCAGUGAUUCAGGCGAUGCACGAGCGAGGAGUUAUCGAGCAGAUAUAGUGUUGAUGCUCAACCGGGGUCUACGACGGUUGACGGUCAGCGUCGAUGAAAUUAGAGCCCACAACCGAGAGCUUGCAGAUGGACUACUCACAUCGCCAUUUGAGUAUUCGCAAGCUUUUGACAGGGCUCUUAAGGAGGUUAUUAAGACUCUGCCGAAUCGACCCGCCAGAGAAACUGCAGACGAUGUGAGGUACUAUUGUGCAUUUGUUGGAGCCUUCGGUGAAUUUGCCUGCAAUCCUCGGACAUUGAGUUCCUCCCACCUGAAUCGGAUGAUUUCUCUUGAGGGUAUUGUCACAAAAUGCUCUCUCGUCCGACCGAAGAUCAUCCAAAGUGUCCACUACAGCGAGAAGAAGGACCGAUUCUUGGCACGACAAUACAGAGAUCAGACUAUGACUGCUAGCGGUGCCACGAGCUUGAAUGUGUACCCGCAGGAAGACGACGAAAAGAAUCCACUCAUUACUGAGUACGGAUAUUCUACGUACAUGGACCACCAGACCAUUUCUAUCCAGGAAAUGCCGGAGCGAGCCCCCGCGGGCCAGCUGCCCAGAGGUGUCGAUGUUAUUCUUGAUGACGACCUGGUUGACCGCGCAAAACCGGGUGACCGUAUCCAACUGGUUGGUAUAUACAGGUCUCUCGGAAACCGUAAUGCUGGUUCAGGUUCCUCGACGUUCCGCACUUUGAUCAUGGCAAACAAUAUCAUUCAGCUGUCUUCCAAAUCUGGUGGUGGUAUCGCACAGGCAACUAUAACCGACACGGAUAUUCGAAACAUCAACAGGGCUGCCAAGAAGAAGAACAUUUUUGACAUGCUUUCGCAGUCCCUGGCACCAAGUAUCUACGGACAUGACUACAUCAAGAAGGCGAUUCUGCUGAUGCUGCUUGGUGGUAUGGAGAAGAACCUCGACAAUGGCACCCAUCUUCGUGGUGAUAUCAACAUCCUCAUGGUCGGUGACCCGUCUACUGCAAAGUCUCAACUUCUGCGGUUCGUGCUGAACACAGCUCCGUUGGCGAUUGCUACUACUGGUCGUGGUUCUUCUGGUGUCGGUCUGACGGCUGCUGUCACUUCCGACAAAGAAACUGGCGAGAGAAGGUUGGAAGCAGGUGCCAUGGUUCUCGGUGAUCGAGGAGUGGUUUGUAUCGAUGAGUUCGACAAGAUGAGUGAUGUCGAUCGUGUUGCUAUUCACGAGGUCAUGGAGCAGCAAACGGUAACAAUCGCGAAGGCUGGUAUUCACACUACACUGAAUGCACGAUGUAGUGUAGUGGCAGCAGCAAACCCGAUAUACGGUCAGUAUGACCCUCACAAGGACCCGCACAAGAACAUUGCGCUUCCAGACUCUCUCUUGUCCCGUUUCGAUCUACUCUUUGUCGUUACAGACGACAUUGAAGACACCAGGGACAGACUUGUUUCUGAGCAUGUUCUACGCAUGCACCGCUACCGUCAGCCUGGAACCGAGGAGGGCGCUCCUAUCCGAGAGCAACCUAACCAGACUCUGGGCGUCGGUCUAGAUGACAACCAAGAUGCUAGUCGGCCUACGGAGAUGUAUGAGAAGUUCAACAUCAUGCUGCACGCAGGCAUGAUCACCACGAGCCGGGGCAAGGGACGAGAGCCUCAGGUGUUCAGCAUGCCAUUCAUCAAGAAAUACAUUCAGUAUGCCAAGUCCAGAAUAAAGCCGGUACUUACGAAGGGAGCUGCCGAUCACAUCGUGGCCACCUAUUCUGCCCUUCGAAAUGACGAGUUGUCCGGAAACCAGCGCAAAACGUCCCCGAUCACUGCUCGUACGCUGGAGACCCUGAUCCGUCUGUCGACUGCCCAUGCCAAAGCACGCCUGUCCAGCAGAGUGGAGGAGAAAGACGCUCACGUUGCCGAGUCAAUCCUGCGUUUUGCACUGUUCAAAGAAGUUGUUGAGAACGAGCGCCGGAAGAGACGCAGGACUACUUUUGACGAGGAGAGUGAUGUGUCCAGCGAAUUCGAUUCUGAUGACGACGAUGAUGAUGAGCCAAGUAGCCGAAACCGCUCAACUACUACUCCACGACCGCGCCCGGCAGGGUCUCGCAAUACUCGGGCAGCAGCUCGUGCCGGUUUGGCUGACUCUGUCGAUGCAGACGUGGAUGGCAUGUCAGAGGAUGGUGAUGGCUUAUAUGAUGCCAGCCCUCGUGGCCAGAGGACUCAGUCCAGCCGCGCGGGUCGCACUCAGACGCAGACAGAAUCUCAGAUGUCGGUGGCAUCUUCACAGCCAGCAUCUCAGCUCAUUCAUUCUCAGACCGACGACAAUUCGCAAUCACAGACCGGCACGGCGUCAUCCUCGCAACCACUCCUGCCACAGCGGUUGACAAUCUUCCGUCAAGCCCUGGGACCUCUGAUGGGAACCAAAUUAUUUACCAACGAAGACACAGCAGAUGUCGAGACCCUCAUUGGCGCAGUGAACACUGCUAUUCGCUCAGCACCUUCUCUGGGCGAGAGCCAUGUGUUCCAGCGCCGCGAGGCUCUCGAGGCCCUGAAGGCCAUGAAUGAAAGAAACGAGUUAAUGUACCUCGAGAAUGACGAAACAGUCUACAGGAUUUAAUAGAUAUUUCAUUCGGUUGAUUCAAUGAGAACUCUUUCCUGUAUUCAGGGUGUUUCGCACUUGCCAUGUUAAAACAUGUUGUGUUCGAUUUUUCAAAGAAGAAUUACCAGGCGUCAGGCGUCUCUGUGGAUAUGUCUAUUGAGACCAAUCAAUAUCAAUGAAGACAUGCUGGGUAUCUUAGAUGCCAGAAGCAAUAUGCUAGUUAAAAUGAAUAUCUGUAUUCAGUACCUGCUUGGAAUUACAGGCGUAUACUCGAGUUCAAUUCAUAACACUUGAAUCCUUGACUAUACCGCGAGAAAUAUAAAGUAUACCGUAUAUGUCCCGACAUAAUCACGGUCCCAACUCCGUAUCCUAAGCAUGUAUAGAAAUAAACAAGGGGAGAAGAAUAUUGAGUGUAGAGAGACUGCAGAGUUCGAGUUCAGAUAGUUUGACAGAUGAUGUGUUGCCU